AUGUCGCGUUCAUUCCUCGAAACCCCCAUCGACGAGCUUGUUAGCAAGCUAAAGGUCGACGAGAAGAUUGCUCUUUUAGGUGCACCCAAUUGGUGGAACACUAAUGCCAUUCCGCGUCUCAAAAUCCCUGCGCUCAAGAUGAGUGACGGUCCAAAUGGUGUUAGAGGAGCGUCUCAUUUCCUCUCCACUCCCGCGCAGUGCCUUCCCUGCGAGACCUCAAUGGCCUCUACAUUCGACACCGAAUUGAUACACGACGUUGGUGUCUUUCUGGCAGAGGAGGCCAAGCUCAAGGCUUCGGUUAUUCUCCUGGCACCUACUUGCAAUAUACAGCGUACACCUCUCGGUGGUCGAGCCUUCGAGUCCUUUUCAGAAGAUCCCCAUCUUUCAGGUACCCUGACUGCUGCUUAUAUUAAUGGCCUACAGUCAAGAGGCGUUGCUUCAGCAAUCAAACACUUUGUCGCCAAUGACCAAGAGAGCGAACGUACUGCUGCAGAAUCUGUUAUGUCAGACAGAGCUCUUCGUGAGAUUUACUUGUACCCCUUUAUGCUAGCCCAAAAACUUUCGGAGCCAUGGUCUUUCAUGACUGCGUAUGGUCGAUUGCAUGGAGUCCAUUGUUCAGAAAAUCCAGAAUUGCUAGAUGGUAUCCUUCGUAAAGAAUGGGGCUUUGAUGGUAUCAUCAUGAGUGAUUGGUACGUUGCCUUCAGGCAUGGUGUUUACGGCACAGACCAGUCAAUCAACGCUGGCCUCGACCUCGAAAUGCCAGGACCUCCUCGUUGGCGUACAGCCUUCCUCAUCCAGCAUUGUCUCUCGUCGCAAAAACUCAAAAUGCCAACCCUCGACGAGCGUGCUCACAAAAUGCUCACAUUCAUUCAGAAAAUGGCACGAAUCCACCCUGACAUUGUAUUUGGCGAUGGUACCGAGAGGUCGCGUGAUUCGCCAGAGAUGAGGAAGUUUUGUAGGAAGCUUGCGGGUGAUGGGAUGGUGCUCUUGAAGAACACGGGUAAUUUUUUGCCUAUCACCCCUACCAAGGUUAAGAAGAUUGCCGUAAUCGGACCCAAUGCAAAGGGCAACGUGAUCUCUGGAGGUGGUUCUGCUGCUCUCAAGCCAACUUAUGUUGUUACGCCAUGGGAUGGUCUUGUACAGAAUGCUCCAAAAGGGGUUGAUAUUAAGUACGAAUUGGGAUGCUACGCCCACAAGUACCUCCCAACUCUCGAAAGUUAUCUGAAGACUCCCAAAGGCGAAUCGGGAUGGGUUUGCGCGUUUUUUAAACACGAUGCACAAGGAAACCCGACGGAACAAGUCGCUGAAUAUGUUCUUCAGGAUACGAGGAUCAAGUUGAACGAUUUCUUGCCGGCAGGCCUUACACCUACCUGGACGAUAAAGUUAAAGGGCUUAUUAACGAUGGACAAGACAGCUGCAUACGAAUUGGGUCUGACCGUAGCUGGUCGCGCAAAGCUAUGGAUCGACGGCAAACUAACUAUCGAUAACUGGACGAAUCAGCGACCCGGUGAUUUCUUCUAUGGGCAAGGGACUGUUGAGGAGAAAGCUACCGUUAAUCUCAAGGCCGGAAGCCCCGUAGAAUUGUUAGUGGAAUACACUAAUACCGUAGGGGCAAGUAGUGAAGACGACGGAGUCGACAAAGGCAAUUCUCAGCCCGCUCUCAUGCGCGGAGUAAGGAUAGGCGGCGCCGAAAAAAUCGAUCCUGACAAGGCCAUCAAUGACGCUAUUGCUCUCGCAGCUAAAUCCGAUGUGGUGGUGUUCGUUGGAGGUCUUACGCCAGAGUGGGAGAGCGAGGGUUUCGACAGACCUACGUUAGAUAUGCCUGGCAGGCAAAACGAGCUCAUCGCGAAACUCGGUCAAGCGAACCCAAAUACCGUUGUAUGCAUCCAAGCGGGAUCAGCAGUGGCUAUGCCAUGGGUUCAGCAUGUCAAUGGGAUAGUUCAAGCAUGGUACUCUGGCAAUGAGGUUGGCAAUGCUCUUGCUGAUAUCCUCUACGGCGACGUCAACCCAUCCGGGAAAUUGUCGCUUACCCUUCCGGCUUGUAUGGAAGACAUGCCGUCAUAUCUGAACUUGCAAAGUGAAAACGGUCAAAUUCAUUAUCGCGAGGAUCUGUUCGUCGGCUACAAGCAUUAUCAAGCCAGAAAUAUCAAGCCACUUUUCCCAUUUGGAUUUGGCUUGUCGUACACGAAGUUUUUGUUGUCCAACUUGUCUAUUUCAGCUGUCACUUCACAUGACGAGUCUUUCAGCGUGGCGGUUAAUGCUACGAUUGCCAACGUUGGAUCAGUGACAGGUUCUGGCGUCGUGCAGCUCUACAUAACGUUACCAGAUAUUGGAUUGACUACGCCCUCCCUGCAGCUUAAAGGUUUCGCUAAAGCACGAGACCUGGCAGCUGGUACUUCACAGACAGUAAAAAUAUCCCUGGACAAAUACGCCAUAUCGUACUGGAAUACGCCGAAGAAAGCCUGGUACGCAAACGCGGGCGAAUAUCACGUACUUGUGGGCACCAGUAGCGACGAUCUUCCUCUUAAGGGCAGCUUCAAGUUGAAACAGACCUUCUCCUGGAGCGGCUUGUGAAAAAAGUGUUCUGCAUCGAAGCUGAGAGUUGAAAAACGAAUGUAUGAAUAUACUGUACUUGUAGCUACCGCGAAACCAAACG